UUGCGUACGGCAAGAGCGGAGGCGCGACGUGCACACAAACGAUCGCGACCGGAGCGACUAGAAGCCGAAACAGCCAGAGCGCCGUGUUCGCCGCCCCCGCCAGCCGCUGUCUCAGCCUCUACACUACCAAGCUCCAACAAUCCAACAAAACGGCUAGACGAAAAUCCAAUUACUUAUCGGAUCACAUUAGAAAUUGAUUCCAAAUGGACAAAGACAGGAGACUGGAAGGAUCGCUACAUAAAAUUGUACUCUUCACAGAAUACUUCUUCAAGGCCCAAACGAGAAGAAUCUAGUCGCAUUUCAUUCAUGAGCAACAACAGCGAUCCGUACACAAUGCUUCUUCAAAGAAUGAGAUCAUUUGAGUGCGAUAGUGAAUCCAAGCCGGAGUCAUCAUCGCCACUGCCCUCUACCUUGGAGUCGGCAAAGAGUGAAUUGUACAGCACAAACAGGAGUAGCGAACAGUCUGAUUUAGGUGUACAUGACACAAUGCUGUUGGAUUUGGUGCGAAUGAAAAGCUGUGACAUAAGAGAAUCUCAAGACAAGACACUAGAACUACCAAAGGACCAUGAUAACGAAUUCGAAGAUGUAACAUGCGAGAGCUGUGCCCACGGGCUCAGCAUGCGCAUGACAGAGCGCAGCAUAUCGCGCUCCCGCGUCUCCAGAGUAUCUACAAGGCGGGAUAUGGACAUACCUUCUAUCUUAGCCUUCAACGCCAUGGUCUCAACGCCACAAGCACCUAAUGGAAUUCCAGCGUUUGAAAGAACACCAUCGGUCCAGCUCGAACCAUUACCAAAGUGGUCUAUUCGUCGCUCCAUUUGCCCCGUGUGUUCACAAAAAUGGAAAGAUCGAAGCUCAUUAGCAAACAUUAAGUACUCUGGAUUGAAACGAAAUACAUCAAACGAUUUACCAACUGUGACGGUGCCAGCGCGGUUGAAGACAUCUAUCACUCGAGAAUUCACUCCCCGUCCAUUAUCUCCAAGUACUAAGGAUAUAGAUACGUCCCGCAGUAAUUUUCGUAACACAAGCGCCACAUGGCAAUUAGUUAGAGCACGUCGACUUCGCAUACCUAAAUCAUACAUGUAUUCUGAGGAUACCGCACCUAAUUCGACUGCCCUAUUAACAAGAAUAGAUCUAGAUCAACGAGUGAAAAAGUUUUUAUCCAGAAACCAAGUGUAA